CGCGGACGGGCUGCACUCUGCGGCGAAUAAUAUCCAUAUAUAUAUAUACAGCCCAAAUGAACCACCGCCCUCCCGGCUCCCCCGGCGUGCAAUGGCUUAACAGGGGAGACAUGAGUCUCCGGAAGGAGGACAGCAUCACCUUGUGCCAAAGGGCUCUCCAAAUCAUUACGGACCUUUGUCUCACGGGACACGUCGACCCGGAGAAAUGUUCGGACAUAUUUCCCCUGGAGAGCAACAUACCAGGUAAAGGACAUGCAGACAUCUCUAUUAGUCUCCUUGCUGUGGUCGUGGGUUUCUGUGGCCUCGCCCUGUUGGUAGUCUCUCUCUUUGUCUUUUGGAAGCUGUGCUGGCCUAUUUGGAGGAGCAAGGCUCUGUCGGCGCACGCCGAAAAUGGCCUCCACGUGGGUUUCCCCGAGGCGCCGCCGCCGCCGCCCGCGCCGCACCCCGGCUCACCGCCGGUCCCCAAGUGCAAAGCGGCGGAGUUGGAGAAGAAGCGCCCGCUGGAAGUGAAGCCGAACGGACGGAGCACCGUCAAGCUCCUGGAGGCGGCCAUGAAGAUCAGCCAGACGUCUCCGGACAUCCCCGCCGAGGUGCAAACGGCCCUGAGGGAGAAGCUCAGCCAGCAGGCGAAGAUCCAGAGGCAGACCACGGAGCCCACCUCCUCCUCCAGGCACAAUUCAUUCCGCCGCCACCUGCCUCGUCAGAUGAAUGUCACCAGCGUUGACUUCAACAUGGAUACGGUGCCUCUCCGCCAAUCUUCCACAGUGAGCAUUGGAAGAAUAAAGCCGGAACUCUACAAGCAGAAAUCUGUGGACUCAGAGGAUGGAACCAGAGAGCCCGUGGAGACUUGCGGAAAGCUCAGCUUCUCGCUGUGUUACGACCACGAGGAGCAAUCUCUGGUGGUGAGAAUCCUCAGAGCCUUGGAGCUGCCUGCCAAAGACUUCACGGGCACCUCCGACCCGUACGUUAAGAUCUACCUGCUGCCGGAGAGGAAGAAGAAGUUCCAGACUCGCGUCCACCGCAAGAAUCUGAACCCCAUGUUCGACGAGACCUUCUGUUUCCCCGUGGUGUACGAUGAGAUUUGCAACCGCAAGCUGCACUUCAGCGUCUACGACUUCGACCGCUUCACCAGCCACGAUAUGAUCGGCGAGGUGGUGGUGGACAACCUCUUUGAACUCUCCGAUCUUUCCCGGGAGGCCGUGGUGUGGAAAGAUAUUCAUGCAGCGACUACAGAGAGUAUUGACCUGGGAGAGAUCAUGUACUCGUUGUGCUACCUCCCCACAGCAGGAAGAAUGACCCUAACAGUCAUCAAGUGCAGAAACCUUAAAGCCAUGGACAUCACAGGCUCAUCAGACCCUUACGUGAAGGUUUACCUGAUAUGUGAUGGACGGAGGUUAAAGAAGCGAAAAUCAACCACCAAGAAGAGCACCCUCAAUCCAGUGUACAACGAGGCCAUCAUCUUCGACAUUCCCCCGGAGAACGUGGAACAAGUCAGUCUGUCCAUCAUGGUGAUGGAUUAUGAUCGAGUUGGACACAAUGAGGUGAUCGGCGUGUGCCGCACCGGGCCAGAUGUCGAGGGUCUUGGUCGAGAUCACUGGAACGAAAUGUUGGCUUACCCGCGGAAGCCCAUCACUCAUUGGCACGCUCUGGGAGAGUUGCCUGGAAGAGCAUCAAGCUUUGAGAGUCACGGUUCGUGUCCUUCACCCAAACAGCCUCAGACGCCCUGAGGAUGGCAGGUGGCGUGGUAACACCGACCCUGUAAACAACAGGUGUUUGUUUAGAGUUGCUAAAUUCUCCUGUGAGCACGUUGUACGAGACAUCAUUUCUUAUGUAUGUUUCUAAAAACAAGUUUGCAUUACAAUCCUUCUCGUUUGUUUAUUCAAACUCGGGUCCUUCAAGUGCUCGUCAGAGCUGGUUUUUUUCGGGGUUUUUUCACACAUCUGCUUUGAAGUUCUCCGAAAGGCUUUACAUAAACACAGACCACAUGAAUUGUAGCCAUUCACUGCGAGAAGUCAUCGAGGAGUCACUCGCAGCUGCAUCGCCCUUUUUAAGAUUUUGAAAAAGAAAAAGAAAAAAGUUCCCCCUGGCCCUAGAGCUCCGGAGUGAGGUAGCAUUCCCCUUUCUAAAUGGCAGGAAGUUCAAGGGCUACGCUGCUCGACGCCAUGAAAACAUUGACUUGAUGAAAAACAUUCAAUGAAUCCAGUGAGUCUCAAUCCAGGUAUUUGCUUAAGAAUGCAGGUACAUGAGUGUUUACAAGGGCUGGGUAAAAUCUGUCUUGAAAUUCUUCAGUCACAAACGUUACGGUUGUAUAAAACCAGCUGUUAAUCGUCCACCGUCACCUGCAGACGUCAGAAAAGUCACCCGGACUCUCAGAUGUAGAGACGGUGUAGCAGAUACAUGUAGCAAACUAGAAAAGUCCAUCUAUGGUCACAUUGUAAAAAAAAAAAAAAAAGGAAACUUCAUGUGUAAAUCCGUGCAAACCAUUUUGUAAUCGGUGUCCUACAUUCUAGCGUAAGUACGCAAAGUUUGUACAUUUAAGGUGCUCGUCAUUUGUAGCUAAGAUUUGGUGCUAUAGCUAAAAGGGGGAGGCAAUAGUAUCACGAUACUUAAUUCACGAUACAAUCUUAAACAUUACGCGUGCGAUUUGUGAAAUAGCAUCUAUUGCGCUAUAUUGUUUUUAAAUUUUAAAGCAGACGGACUUACUAAGAACUCUCCAUCUUUGUUCCCCUCUGACUUUAUCCAUCAUGACCGCACCAAGAAGAACCAUUUAGAGCAGUGGUUCUCAACCUUUUUUGAGGUAUGUAACCCCUGUGAAAUAUUUGUUUUAGCCGAGCACCCCGUGACCAGUGCAAAGCAUUUUGGGUUGAAAAAGAAAUGUAAUACGCAGCAUUUUGCAAUAAUAUAUCAUUUAUAACAAUUCAGUUUAUGAACUUACACUUGUAUUUUAUUGAAUAUUUAUUAAAUGAGUAUUUUCAAAUAUAUUUUAAUACAAUUUUACGUACCCCCAAGGGUACACGUACCCCCAUUUGAGAACCACUGAUUUAGAGGACUCAAAAGCAUUUGUUACCAAAAGUAUUCAUUUGUAUUGGCAACAUUAAAUGUUAUAUAAUGAAAGGUUGCAUGAGUGUAUUUAAUAUUCCUAAUUUUGUUUUACACCACUCCUACUAGCUAAUCUCAACAAGCGUUAGAAGGCAACUCGAACACUCGGCUUUCAUCAGUAGCUCAGAUUUGCACGUCAAGUUUCUUUUUUCUACCAUGUGACCCCAGAGAGGCUUAAUAGCAAACAUUCACAGAAAGAUAAACAAAACAUCAACAUGUGUUUUGUAAUCAUUUAAUAUAUUUCAAAUAUGACAAUUUCAUAUGUAUUUUUGUACACACCAGAUCAUUUUCAGCAUAUCAUUUUACAUUAAAAUAGCAGCACUUAGACAUGUGUUGGUCAUUUGUAUUACGCCUAUAAGUGCAUUAAAUGUAAUUAAACUGUUGUUUAAACUGCAAAUGUCCCUCUUGAUAAUGCACGUGCCAAUGAUUCAGAAACUAGUGUCCAAUCAUAGCUUAAAAAGCAUAACUAGUCACGGCAAGCCUGUCAAGCUUUAUUUUGUUCCUCUCCAAAAUAAUCAAUACAAGACCAAAAAAGUAAACAAUGGAUUUAACAGUGUGUUUAUCAGUUCUAACUUGAGCUGCAAACGUAGAAUGUAAUUAUGCAUGUUCCCUGAGCAUACUUAUAGAAACAGAAAUACGACUUCUAGACUAAAAUUACAAGAACAAAAAAGUUAAAAGAGUAAAAAGUCAAAUUCUGAAGCUAAAGUUAGCUUAAUUAGUGAGCUAGCUAAUAAAAUCUACCCGCUAGAAACCCAAGGUUUCUUUUGUCGACCUCUGACUUAUUGUUUUGAAAAUGCCAAAGUACCGUGUUUAAAUUGGUAAAUCGGCCACCAUUGUUACUGUAAACAAUGUGCCGUCUAAAAAGGGAAAGCUUAACAGGCUGCGGAAUAUUUACUUAGGGGGCGGAGCUUAGCUUGUAUGCUCAAUUGGCCAAAUAGCAUUAAUGCUGGAAAAUAUUCAAUAAAGAGUUGCUGUGGUGAACAAUUUUCAUGCAGCUCGGACUGGUCUCGAAGGAUACAGUCAUGUGACGCAGAGCAGGCAUAUUGCAUGAGUGUAGUAUAAACGGUCUGCUAAUUGUUAGUUUAGUGGACAGUAUGCAGUACAUACUUAUUGAGUACAUGGUAUCAAUACGCAAGUAUGCAAUUUUGAACACACACUUUAUUACACAACAUAUUUCUCUCACCAGUUACAAAAUCAGGGAAAUAUAAUCCAUAAAACAUUUGCAACUGUUACAUUUUUUUAUUUUUUAUACAUAAAGCCAUAGAAAAUUAAGUUCAAUGCAUCUGACUCGAAACAUUGACUCGUCUUCGUUUCAUGUGAGUAAUAAGAAAAUAAAUAAAAAAACAUAGCAAAGAGAAAAAAAGGCAAUGUACUGUUAUCUUACUUGCACAUGGAUAUACUUGUGCUUUUAUCCCCUUGCACUUCCCUCAAUAAUAAAAAUAAAUAUUUUAAAUUGUAGCAUGCCUCUCACCUCUUUAAAAAACACACCUAUUGAGGGAAAAAUGUAAGAAAUUAAUAUGUUAGAGUAUUCAAAUAAAAAAAUAUAUGUAAAUAGUAUUCUUGUCAAUGGCACUGUUUGUAUUCAAGAAGUUGUUGUGAAUUUAUGGAGAUAGAAACAUCACAAUGUAUUUCUAUUGUUCUGUGAUAAUCUGAACAGCUCAGACUUGUAAUUGAGUGAAAUUUAUACACGUGUAAUACUUGUGAACAAUAAAUCAAACUGGAGACCCAGUGAAGCCAACUCUACCUUAAUAUUCCAUGUUUAGCAGUAUCGAGCUUUAUUCUGUAAGUGUUUGCAUAUUGGUUGAUUCUACAUCGAGCAAGAACAACUGCAACUGCUGUCAUGAUGUGUACAGUUUGUGAUAACUUUUGUAACACUUUAAAGUGAACAUUUGGAAUAUGAUUUAUUGUAUCUGUU